AAAUUUUAUGGUUUGAGUUCUAAACUCCAUUUGUAAUUUAUCGAAAUCCCACAAAAUAGAAUAUGAUUUAUUUGACUGGGAUGAUAUAAAGAGAGAAAUGGGUGGUAAACAGUAAAAAAAAAAUAGUAUACUUAAUCAUGUGGAGAGGAGUGGUUGUCUUGUCUCGUCAGACAAAUGAUUGUAAGGCAAUCUCUCAGCCAUAGAAACUUAUCCUUAAUUAUCAACUCUCCAAGUAACAGAACUCACACAUACCAUUGCUUCAAAGAUUUCAAAAGCAACAAUGGAAUCUCAAGAAUCCCAUAACAAACUUCAUGUAGUUUUUCUUCCAUAUCCAACUCCUGGCCAUAUGAUUCCUAUGAUAGACACAGCAAGACUAUUUGCCAAACAUGGUGUUAAUGUUACCAUCAUCACCACACAUGCCAAUGCUUCAACCUUCCAAAAAACCAUUGACAAUGACUUCAAUUCUGGAUACUCCAUCAAAACUAAGCUUAUUCGCUUCCCUUCAGCUCAACUUGGUCUUCCUGAUGGUGUUGAAAACAUCAAAGAUGGCACUUCCUUUGAAAUGUUAGGUAAAAUCAGCCGUGGAAUAUCUAUGCUCCAAGAUCCAAUUGAGGUUCUGCUUCAAGAUCUUCAACCAGAUUGCAUAGUCACUGAUAUGAUGUAUGCCUGGACUGUGGAAGCAGCUGCAAAACUAGGUGUUCCAAGGAUUUACUAUUACAGCUCAAGCUAUUUCUCCAACUGUGCAGCUAAUUUUAUCAUGAAGUAUAGACCUCAUGAUAAUUUAGUUUCUGAUACACACAAAUUUACAAUCCCCGGUUUGCCUCAUACCAUUGAGAUGACCUCUCUGCAGAUUCCUGUUUGGUUAAGGGAGAAGAAUGCUGUCACAGCCUAUUUUGAACCAAUAUUUAAAUCUGAAGAAAGAAGCUAUGGGACACUAUACAAUAGUUUUCAUGAACUUGAAAGUGAUUAUGAGAAGCUUAAUAAAACUACAAUGGGGAUCAAAUCUUGGAGUGUAGGACCAGUUUCAGCUUGGGCUAACAAGGAUGAUGAAAGAAAGACCAAUAGGGGACAGAGAGAGAAGAACAUUGGAAAUGAGACAGAAUUACUAAAUUGGCUCAACUCACAUCAAAAUGAGUCUAUAUUGAAAAAUGACGUGGACGACAGUGAAAACAUUUUCCUGCAAGAUUUUGAGGAAAGGAUGAAAGAAAGCAAAAAGGGCUAUAUCAUAUGGAACUGGGCACCACAGCUUCUGAUAUUGGAUCACCCUGCAAUAGGAGGGAUAGUUACUCAUUGUGGUUGGAACUCAAUCCUUGAAAGCUUGAGUGUUGGUUUGCCAAUGAUCACAUGGCCAAUGUUUGCUGAGCAAUUUUACAAUGAGAAGUUGCUUGUUGAUGUUCUGAAGAUAGGGGUCCCAGUCGGAGCAAAAGUGAACAAGUUUUGGCUUGGCACUGUUGAAGAGAUAGUGGUGAGAAGGGAAGAGAUUGCAAAAGCUGUUGAGAAUUUGAUGGGAAGUGGUGAAGAGAGCAAGGAAAUGAGGAUGAGAGCAAAAAAGCUUGGUGAUGCUGCCAAGAGGAGUAUAGAGGAAGGUGGAGACUCUUACAACAACUUGCUUCAGUUGAUUGAUGAGCUGAAAUCGUUGAAGAAAUCUAAAGCACUUGGUGAGAAAGCAGAUUAGAUGAUUGAAAUAUUAUGAAACAACAUCCAAGUAUUUUUCUCCACCUAAUUUUGGUGUUAUCUGGAGUUCAAUAAGAUGUAACAGCAUCCAAUCAGUCUUGUGUUGUGCACUGCAAUGAUGAUAAAGGAGGUUAGUUUUCAGUAAGCAAUUUUCAUAUUAAGCUAAGGAAAAGAUGUGAUGAAUGGUGAAUUAAAUUAUGUUGUCUACUUUGGGUUCAUAGAUUUAAAUAAACUAGAAGAAAAGAAACAAAAACAGAUUUAUGUAUUAUAUAUAAUUCAGAGGAGUGUCAUGUUAGAUGAGGUUAAUUCA